AUGACACAAAUAUCCAACAAUUUGAAAAAUCUACCAGAAGAGACACUCACCCAUAUAUCUUCUUAUCUCUCUCCUCGUUCAGCACUUUCCUUGGCAUUGACUUCUUCGAAACUUCAACCUGCUGCUGAAUCAAGACUCCUUCGAAUUCUACGUAUAAGCGAAUCUGAUUUAUACGCACCGACUUAUAAUGCUCCUACUCCACCUCUUCCCAUUGUCACCACUCCGACUCUUGUCGGUAGGACCGAUACAGAAACCUCUGGGGAAGGGAACAGAGUUGUCUUUCAUCGCGCUUUGGCUUCUCGUCGAGUUAUACGUUCUUUUCUAGUCAAACUCGAAAUGAAAAAUUAUCGAAGAGGUUAUGUUCGAGAAUUGGAAUUUUCAAUGCGACACGAAAUCCCGUUGGAAUUCGGAUCCCUUAUGAAACUCGUCCAAGGCAGUUUAGAGAGACUUGUUCUGUCUUUUCCUGUUCAUUCAUCCGCUUCUUUACCAAUGGAAGGAUUUACUACACUUCCUAGAAUCUUACUUCCAUUAAGAGAAUUUCAUGCUUUGAGAGAAGUGAGGUUGAACAUUUCUAGAGGAUGGACGAAAAGUGUUUUGACGAUCUUACAAGUCGCUCCGAGAUUAGAAAGUCUGAAUGUCAGAGGUUCUCCUCCAGUUCCUCUUGAUCCCGAUCUUUCACCUACGAGAAUAUAUGGGCAACCGCAAUUGGAACAUACUUUACUCGACCCAGACUCACCUCGCUCAGUUCUUACCAUGGGAGAAGUGCAGGGUGUGCAGGGUGGAACGGCUGGACAGGGUGGAGUGGAACGGUCCGGUAGAGAAGAGCAAAAUCAAAGGGAUCAGCAACAACCUCAAUUAGACAUAUGGCGAGACGGAGGAGGAUGGGACAUACCGAAAUUACAGUUACGUCAUCUAGUAGUGGACGGAAUACAAGGUCUGAUGUCUCCCAUUCUUUCACGAUUGAUUCGAUCUGCCGACCAACUGAUACAUCUUUGUUUGAGAGACAGGAGUAUGUUAUUUUCGCCACCGUCGGACUGGAAUGUUUUGGACGCCAUAACGAGUUUACCUCGAUUGAAACGAUUGGAUAUCCCUUGGACCAUACAUGAAUUUUUAGAGAAAAGAGAUUGGCAAGGCUUAGAAGGGGUAGAGGAGAUGAGGGUCGCUUGGGAUUAUGUCACGCUUCGUUCCAAAUCAGAUAAGGGUACCAUCUUUCCCCGUUUGUCAACAAUUCAAAAGUACACUGUGGAGAUAGUAGCUUACACCCCUCAAUGGGUAUACGAAAACGUUUCCCAACCGUGGCAUCAUCAAAUGUCCACUCUUCGGACUAUGGCUUGCGUACUUGAGAAGGAGAUCAUUCAUCUACCGGCUCUGCAGACGGUCUUAUCUUGA